AUGAAAAACAAUGAUCUGCUUGCAAUGCAGACAGUUGCAGCAACAAUGAUAUUGCCCAGCAACUAUACCAAGCUGAAAACGAAGAUAGGAAAGAGCUUUUCCCACAUGAAAGCAGAUGACUGGAUACACUAUAUAAAAGCAUGCUGUAUACUUGUAAAGCCAUCAAUCAGUUUCAUCGAAAUAGACCAAGCACACAGAUAUCUACAAGAAUUCUGUCAAUCUUGUGAAGAUACAUAUGAACCAAAAGUCCUCACCUGCAACAUGCAUCUGCACCUCCAUCUUUAUGACACAAUUUGUGAUUUUGGACCCGUGUAUGGCUAUUCGCUCUUUGGUUUUGAGAGAUACAAUGGUUUGUUAAAGAAUAACAAAACAAACAGAAAAGACGGGUUUAAAACAACCUAUAUGACAAAAUUCACUGCAGACGCAUACAAAGCUGAUUACAUACAAAAUACGUUAUCAUGUCCAAGCCUCAUUCCAUUCCUUCCUCUUUUCGAAAAACUUACCUCUACGACCAAACCUAUAACGACCUAUGCCACUUAUGCUUCAACCAACCAACAACCUUUCCAACUGCAACAAUUUUCCUUAAAAGAAUCAACAAUGAGUGAUAUUGAUUAUCCUCAAUUGUUAGAUUAUUAUAAAAUCGUCUAUGUCAUGCCCAAUCUCAUUUCUUACCAUGAUGCCAGAUUGUCACAAUAUUUUGUAAAUAACCAAAUCACAAAAUUGAAAUCAAUUGAUCUCCUUGGCCAAACAUAUAUUGGGAACAACAGUUCUGAGGUCGCAACUGCUGUAGAUGUAACUGAUAUGAACGAAGAAAGAAUGCUAGUCAUUCCUAUGCCAAAAAAUACUAUGUCUGAAGCCUUUAUAAGUAAUUAUGCACUAUGA